AUUAUUUCAUAAUAUGUAAAAAAUAUAUAAUACUUCAAAAUAAUUUAUAUAUAAUAUUCAUCCCGCCCAAGGGGCGGGUCUUAACCUAGUAUUUUGUAAAUUUUGUUUUAAUGUGUAUUGAAAUAUAUUUUUGUAAACUGUGUGUUUAAACUAUAUUAUAAAAGUACUUUAUGAUUUCAUUUUGUUUCAUUAUAAGAAAAUCCCUAACCCCCAACACACUAAACCUUCGUAACCCAUCCCUAACCCCUAAAGUCCACAAAAUUUGCUAAUUUAGUUUCCCUCCUAUCAACUAAAUAAUUCCUCCCUUUAGUCCCAAUAAUUUCCCUCCCAUAAAUUUCAUUCCCCGCUUAAGCCCAAUUAACUCUACAAACCCAAAGACCAAAGUUAAUAAAAUCACUCUUUCUCUACUCUAGCGACACAAAUCUCUCUCGAAAAUCCCCAAACACUUAGAACCCUAAUCGAAACUGUCUGUCGUAAUCCCUAAUCGCUCUCUCUCGAAACUGAAGACGAUGGCCGGAACAUCAACGAAGAAGGUUCGGAAACCCUCAAAACGGUCUAAACCAUCUCCUCUACCGUCGCAGUAUGAGUUCACUCCAAGGACAACAGAGCCUCCACCUCGUGGCAACCGCAGAGCUGGACCAAUGGUGAGUGACUACCCACCUCAGAGACAGCUGUUCGAGGAGUCUACGCCGAGGACCCAACCUCGAGCUGCUUCAACGCCUCUUUCUCAACCAGCUCCACCACCACAACCUCGAGGGUCUCAAACAUCAGCCAAUGUUCGACCUCGACAACCUACGGUCUCUAUUAGGCGACAAUCUCCUAUCAGUUCUGAAGCUCAAAACUCACAGAAUACUGAAGCUCCAGAAGGUCCAGAUGAGGAUGAACCAGUCCCCAACUCACCAUUUCCAGUAGAACCGAAUCUGUCUGAAGACCAGAUGAGGCUUCUCAACGCCCUUCUCUCCCAGCCCGGCCGAGAGCGCUACACCAUGAGCCUUUCUCCCACCUUCGAGCCUGGAACCAUGUGGUUUGGUCGGGACAAAGGUAAACUGACUCGGAGGAUCACUAAAGUCUUUACAAACAAGUUUGAUGGUCCCUUCUACAGUUGGACUUGCGUCGAUCAGGAAAAAAAAGAAAAAUUCUUUGUUGAAUUUGCAAAAACUCACACUUGGAAUCCCAUAUAUACUGGUGUGGUUCAAGAGAAGUUCGGGCAGGUAUGUCAGCGACGUAUGAAGGACAUGGUUAGCAAGCGUAGGAAGUCUCGAGUUCGACCAUCCUGGAUUUUGAAUGAUCUGUGGAAAGAAAUGACAGCUUACUGGGACACUGCUAAAGCCCAACAAAAAAGCGAGACAACAUCAGCUGCUCGGUUGUCUGACCAAAAUGGUCUUGGUCCUCACAAGCACAAUGCUGGCCAGAAGCAUUACCUCCAAAUCGAACAAGAAAUGCAUUUCAGGUUGAAGAAUUGGGCAGACCAGUGACUAUUGGUGAAGUUUUCAUCAAGGCACACACCAAAAAAAGAGAGGCAGAUUUGUAGAUAAGAAAGCAAAGCUAAUUGCAGAGGCCUAUGAGAAGAACAAGCAAGCCAAGCUGGCUGACCUUCAAGCUGAAAACUCAGAGAGUUCAGAUGGUACUUCACACCCUCCACAACUCUCUCUAGACCAGGAUAAUGAGCUCUUCCUUCUGUCCACUGUCACAGACAAAAGAGGAAGACACUAUGGAAUAGGAAGCCUAGAAAGUACUAUUGUCAACGGAAAGCGCAAGCGUUGUGAAUCCUUUUCUUCGUACGUAGACCUCAAAAAACAGCUCAGCGAUGCUCACCGGAAGAUUGAGAAGCAGGCGGCUUACACUGCCAAGCAAGCAGAAAAGCUCAAAAGUUUUUCCUUGGUGAAGAAGUAUCUGGCUGCAACUGAUCCAAAGUUUUUGGCCUUCAUGGCUGCUAAUCAAGGUGAAGAUGAUGAUGAAGGUGAAGAAGGUGAAGGUGAAGGUGAAGGUGAAGGUGAAGGUGAAGGUGAAGGUGAAGGUGAAGGUGAAGGUGAAGGUGAAGGUGAAGGUGAAGGUGAAGGUGAAGGUGAAGGUGAAGGUGAAGGUGAAGGUGGAAGGUGAAGGUGAAGGUGAAGGUGAAGGUGAAGGUGAAGAAGGUGAAGAUGAAGGGGAAGAUGAAAGUGAAGAUGAAGAUGAAUUUUAGGUUCCCUACUCUUGUACUACUAUAAUAUUUUGUAUGCUAAUGCUUAACUCCUUAGAGUGCCUUUUGCAACAUUAUGUUAUGAAUUCUCUGUUUUAUAUUAAAAUUUUCGUUUUUAUUA